ACUAUCCAGACCCAGAAAUGUUUUCACUUCUUCACCUUUUUGCAACAACCAAAGCCACCACAAUUUCCACUGUUUGUCCAUCUUUAUGUCCAGUCUAUAUGCAGCCACCAGCCAGUAAGCAUCAAAUUAUCCACCUAUGCACAUCUGACUAUAUCUAGCUAUAUUCACAAAGCGCAGUAUUCCUGGAAAGAAACAGCAAUUUCUACUGCAUAUUCUGUAAAGAUGCUCUAAGCUCUAACAAAGGACGACCUAAGGGCAUCAACAACAGCGCCUUGAAUAAAUGUGGCAAACUUCACCAUCCAUUAGGGACCAUUGCUUGCUAAUACCUGAGUACUUUAUUUUGGCAUUCCUAAGAGCUUUUUCCACCAACAUGGACAUCUGCCAGACUGGCAAAAAUAAAUAAAUUUAUAUCCAAGCUUUGAAAGGUUGGUAGCACAUUAGGAGGGAGCACUUUUCUCAGACUCUGCUCAAAAGUCCAAGCGACAUAACACGGACGACACUUAUUCAUUUUAGCAAGAUGGCAGGUGUUAUACUUGCCGUGACACUGAAACAACACUGUCAUUACUGCAGGAAUUUGUGUGCAUCCGUAUGUCUUUCAUUAAAAAACACUUAGAGGUAGAAGCCAUUCAGGAUAUGUGAUGUUGAUGAUGCAAACACAGAGAGCCUUACAGAUAGUUACUGCUGUGGCAGAGAUGGCGAGAAUCUGCCAUCCACCAUAAAUCUCUCUUGCUCACACAUAGACAUGACUGCAUGCAGGAGCCAUUACUGCCAAGUGUGUGUAAUAUUGCAAUUUCUGAAAGGAGGAAAGGCCAUGGCUCUUGUCUGAAUUUUUCAUUCCCCACCCUCUCUGUUUCUGUACAACAACUGAUAAAUAAGCAAUGAAUCCUGAGGACAUAACACAGAAUGGACUGGGUUUUAUGUCCUCCACAUCCCCAACAUCAGCUCCCCUAGAUACACAUUCUGUCUGCCUUUCUCUUUGUGCAUCAUCCUUCUCUUGUGUCUGUGAAGCUUGUCUAUCACAGUGGUUGUUUUAAGAUUCAAAUCUUCUCCUGUUUUUUUGUACUUGACCAGUGAGCUGAACUGGAAAAAAAUCUGGCCCCAAUAUGUGGUGGAAAAGUGUAUGUUUGUGUGUUUUUGUGGGUUGAACGUGACCUUUGUUAAUCCGCCGCCGAUUUAGAUUUAGAGUGCUGGUGGCUUUGAAUCAGUCUGAGAAGCAGCUUGGAUGGUGAGCCGUCCAGAGUACACUCAGUUUAGAUCAGCUCAUGAAUAUAUGCCACGGCAUCAUUCUCUGAUUAUGCAAUAUUCUUCUCAGUCAAGAAGUGUGUGGGUUGAUAAAGAGGGAGAGAGUGAAAGAGAGAGAGUCAGGGAGUGUUGUGAAAGAGAAACAAGUGUGAUGGAGAGAAAUAAAGGAGCAAAGUUAAGCAGUACUUUGUCGCCAUCUGAUGGUUAAUAAGGACAAGACAUCCAAAGAUUUCACCUUGGCUCUGGAAUUCUGACAUUUUAAACUGACUCAGAUUAAACGGUGAUAAAAAAAAAUUGUCACUUUAACUUUUAAAGCAGUAAUUUUAAUUAAUUUGAUAUUGGUUUUCCCUUACUUUUAACCCUUUAAUAGUGUAGUGGCAUCUGCUGAACAGCUGAUAGGAACCAUUAGCUACUUAAAUGCAUCAAUGACUAUUGUUUACAAUACAGAUUUUAUUACAGUCAUUUUGUGUAUUUACUUCACAUGCUUUGCAGUUAUGAAACUAACUUUUAAUCAUUUACAGUAUCCUUUACGAAGCCAGAAAUACAACCUGAGAUUGUUUAUGGUGGUAUUUUGUCAAUACUCAUCCAGAAAAAACAAUAAAAUCUUCCCAAACCAUCAGCACAGCCCAAAGGAAGGAGUUUCACAUUGUUGUCUGUUACCAUGGUUACCAGUCUCCUCCAUGUCCCGCCUCUCGCUUCCAACAGCCAAUUAAAUUCCUCCAUGAGUCUGCUUCCCAUCAGCCGCGAACUGCAAACUUCCUCCCUUCCUGUGUUUAACUACUGCUGCUGUAUUUUUCAUUAAAACAACCAUAACACGCAUAUUUCCGUUACGUCUACUGCAGUAUGAACGCAGAGGAGUCCGUUAAAACCCACGGUGUUACAAAUAAUUGUCCAGUUUCGACGCCGGAGGGAAACGACACGAAUAAAGGAGGAAUGAAAAGAACUCCAUUCUCAAAGUUUAAGAGAGUUCAGUCCCACUUCAAAUCACCUCUUCAAGUAACAGAGAGUGCUAAAGUUAGCCCUGCUGAGGAGGUCGCAGAGCUGGAGAGGAGAAGGGAGCAGUUGGACACAGAGAUAGCACAGCUGGAGGCUGAGGGCUACAGAGUAGACGAGCUGGAGCAUCAUAUCGACAUGUUGCAUGAAUACAACGACAUCAAAGACGUUGGACAAUCACUCCUUGGCCGUAUUGCUGCUCUGAGGGGGACCACCACACGAGAUCUCUACACACACUUUGGCCUUGAACUGGAUGACUGAAGAAAAAGAAAAGAGUGAAACAUCAUUGGUGAGAUUGGUCCCUCACACCACAGGGAGAGAGGAGUAAAGUUUACAUACCGUUGAGAGCACUUUUUUAUCGUUGGAUAUGGACUAAAGAUGGAGCAGCUAUGCGUCUUUGCAGGGAGAGGUUUUUUUCUCUUGGUGAUUUAGUUUUCACUUCUUUGCAGAGAGAGAUUUGGUUAUUGGGAGUGAUAAAUAAACAAGAAUGGGGUUAGUCCAGCAUGCAGGCAUGAUAUUUAAAACAUGCUGGCUGUUAAAACUUUACUUCGAGGCAGUGACACGAUAGAAAUGUUUAUGUGGCGUUUUUCCCAUCCUAGUGUAAAUGCUAUUGAGCGGACUUUCCAAGGACUUGUUUUGUCUUCACGUUUGAGCUUUAGAUACAUAUGUGGAUGAUUACUGCAUGAAUGGCAUUUAUUUCUCUAACUUUGGGUUUGUUCACAGAAUGUUGGAGUGUUAAACUUUUUUGAUAUUUAUUCAAGUACAUGCAUUAAAGGGGCAGCGUGACUGUUGGAAAUAGA